CCGCCUGACGCCUCCCUCGGCCAUGGCGGCGGCGGCCAUGGCGGCUCCCGGCGCGGCCCAUCCGCGCCUGGCGCUGGCUCUGGCCGCUCUGGCGGCGCUGGCCGCAGUCAAGUACUACCGGGACCGGGAGGCGGCCAGGCUGCAGGAGCUGGCGCUGAAGUCUCUGGGAAGUGAGGGGAUGUUUCUCUUUUCUUCUCUGGACACAAACAAUGACCUGUACCUCAGUCCCGAAGAGUUCAAGCCAAUAGCUGAGAAGCUGACAGGGGUUGCUUCUGUCUCAGAAUUUGAAGAGGAGGAGACAUCUGAUACAAGCGGGGAGACAUUGUCCAUCGUGGCUAAAUUCCAGCCUCUGGUCAUGGAAACAAUGACAAAGAGCAAAGACGGUUUCUUGGGAAUUUCUCAUGUUGCUCUGUCUGGGCUGAGGAACUGGACUGCCCCAGCAGCCCCUAUGAGUGUGCUGCUUGCCAGGCAGUUUAAAGCCUUUCUUCCUCCAAAGAAUAAAUUGGAUCUUGGGGAUCCAUGGUGGAUAAUUCCUAGUGAAUUGAACAUCUUCACUGGGUAUCUUCCCAACAACAGAUUUUACCCUCCGCCUCCCAAGGGCAAAGAGAUCAUCAUCCACAAGCUUCUGAGCAUGUUCCACCCUCGCCCCUUUGUGAAAACCCGCUUUGCUCCGCAGGGAGCUGUGGCCUGCAUCCAAGCCAUCAGCACCUUCUACUACACCAUCGCCUUCAGGAUCCACGCUGAGUUCCAGCUGAAUGAGCCACCACACUUCCCCUUCUGGUUUUCCCCAGGCCAGUUCACCGGUCACAUCAUCCUCUCCAAGGAUUCUUCCCAUGUCCGAGAAUUUAAGCUCUUUGUCCCUAACAACAGGUCUCUGAAUGUUGAUAUGGAGUGGCUGUAUGGAGCAAGUGAAAGCAGCAACAUGGAGGUGGAUAUUGGAUACCUGCCUCAGAUGGAGCUUGAAUCAACUGGACCUUCCAUCCCCUCUGUGAUCCAUGAUGAGAAUGGAAAUGUGAUUGACAGCAGGGAUCCCUCAGGGGAGCCCAUCCAGUUUGUGUUUGAAGAGAUAACCUGGCAGCAGGAAAUACCCUGGGAAGAGGCAGCCCAGAAACUGGAAGUGGCCAUGUAUCCAUUUAAGAAGGUCUCCUAUCUUCCCUUCACACAAGCUUUUGAGAGAGCAAAAGCAGAAAAGAAGCUGGUGCACUCAAUCCUGCUGUGGGGUGCCCUGGACGACCAGUCCUGCUGAGGUUCAGGGCGAACUCUCCGGGAGACCGUCCUGGAAAGUUCGCCCAUCCUCACCCUGUUGAAUGAGAGCUUCAUCAGCAGCUGGUCACUGGUGAAGGAGCUGGAAGAGCUGCAGAACAACAGAGAAAAUGAGUUCUACAGCAAGCUGGCUGACCUGCACCUGGAGAAAUACAACUUCCCCGUGGAGAUGAUCAUCUGCCUCCCUAAUGGCACGGUGAUUCACCAUAUUAAUGCAAACUACUUCCUGGACAUUACUUCUAUGAAGCCUGAAGAUGUUGAAACUAGCAUCUUUAGUUUCUCAACCAAUUUUGAAGACCCUUCAACUGCAACUUACCUCCAGUUCCUGAAGGAAGGACUGCAAAGAGCAAAGCCAUACUUGCAGACCUAAAACCAAAGGCACCUGAAUGCCCCACAGAGAUGGACAAAGACUUCAGAGAUCUACUCUGAUUACAGAAAUUCUUCCUUGUCUUUAUGCCAGACAUUGAUGCUAAGAUGCAGACCCAGGGCUGGGGCUUUGCUCUGGAUGUUAAUUUGAGGCAGUGCCAAGUGAUACCAGUUUGCAUAACGUACCCUUCUGAGGUCAGGCAAACUGUGACAGGAGUGAGAACACUUGAAUCUAUAACCAUUCUUGAUGCAUACUCCUUGGCUUGCCACCCACCCUCAUGUUUCUCCAGUUCCUGUUCAGACUCUGAGGUGCAAGUCAUGUACCAGCUCUACCACAUGUCACCCAGAAAGCCCUGACCUCAGGACUGGACUGUGUUGGAUUCCUGAGAGCAGCAUUGCCGUUAGACCCAGCCCCUGUGGUGUGAUGGUGCAGAACCCAGCGCAGGUGGGAAGCUCCCUCCUGGUAGCCAGUGCUCUCCACACACACCUCGUGUCAUGGACCAACUCUUCAUGGCAGCAUUUAUGGACAACAGUGGCCACCAGUGUGUGAUGGGACUGUGCUGUUCAUGGGUAUAGAUGUAAACGCAGGUGGAGCUGGAGCAUGAGGCUCUGGCCUUCUCCCAGCACUGUGUGUUGUGGUGGGAGAGUGGUCUUCUUUAUUCAGGUUCUCUGCAUCCAAGGGAGGUGCUGAGGUUGGCACAGUGGAACGGAGACCAUGGCCUUAGAGGUGCAGUGCAGCUCAGAGGCAUGGAUUCAUCAGGGACUGGAGCAAUAGGACAAGGGGUGAUGGGUUUAAACUGAAACAGGGAAAGUUCAGGUCAGAUGUAAAGUUCUUUAUGGUGAUGGUGGUGAGGCACUGGCACAGGCUUCCCAAAGAAGUGGUGAAUGCUCUACCCCUGGCAGUGUUCAAGGCCAGAUUGGACAGAGCCUUAGGUGAUAUGGUUUAGUGUGAGGUGUCUCUGCCCAUGGCAGGGGGUUGGAACUGGAUGAUCUUAAGGUCCUUUCCAGCCCAAACCAUUCUGUGGUUCUGUGAUUAUUAUGGAGAAUAGGGGUCAGAGUCCAUCAGGAUGUGCAUUCCAGGCUGUGGGACACAGCAGUGAGCAGUGUCCAGCCCCCAGCUUUGGGAGCUUUGCUCAGAGGGCAUUUUGGUUUCAUGCUCUGUCCAUUUGAUUUGAGCUUCCAAGCCCCACUGAAUGAGGAACCAUGACAUUCCCUUCAGGAACUGCCCCAAGAGCAUUAACUAAGCAUUAGCUAAGAACUAAGCAGUUCUAAAAGCCAGCAGCUCUCAUGGAAAUUCCAGAAGUUUUCCAGAGAAAUGCCUUGGACAGAAUGCCAUUUUCACUAACCUGUAACCACCCUGAGCAGUUGCUCCUACUCUGUACCAGUGCCUUCUACAGAGUGAGCAUAAUCUGGACAAGGAAAGGUUAAACAAAACAGGUUUCAAAGCCUGUUCCUGUAGAAGUGAGGAGACAAAAGCAUCUUCAGUAGAUGGCUGCAAACAGCCAUGGCUGGGGAUGCUUUUUCUUCUCUCUUGAAGCACAGUUUUGUUGGACCAAGUCACGGGGGGGAAGGGCAAGGAAACCUUUAGGUGCUUUUUGGGUGGCUUUUUCUGGUUGUUUUGUUGCUCUGGGAGGAGCCCAGGGGUGCGGAUCACCCACCUUGCCCCAGCCCUCCUGGCUGUACACCGAGCUUAGGUCGACCUCCCGACUGAGCCAGCACAGCUUCACUAAUUGCUCCAGUGAGAUGAAUUCCCCCUGGGCUGUUUCUCAGUAUCGAUGUUCUAACUAUGCAUUACCUCUGCACUUUUACCCACCCAGGGGCUGCAGUACCCACAGCAUUGUUGGCUGCAGACGGUGCCGCAGCCCUCGGGCAGCACUUGAGACCGAGCUCCUGUUGACCGGUGGCCUUGUCCCGAGAGGACUUUGGACCAAACGAGCGCUGCGCCCUCCGGCCCCGCCUCCAUGUGCCCUCUUGGCUGCUACCGAACUGCUCCUGGGGCUUUGUUGCCCGUUCCCGGAGCCCCUUCUCGGGGCAGGGAGGGUCCGGAGGGAGCCGCAGCUGCACAGCCGGGAUGGCUCUUGUCUGUCGGGGCAAACCGGGGGCUGCGGCGGCUCCGCAGGAUGAGGGGAGCCCCGGGCAGGAGCCGCUGCCCCCUCCGAGCUUCCCGUCCUGUGUAACUCGGGUGCGUGUUCCGGUGGUACCGGCGGAGCCGCUGCCUCCCCCUGCUGUGCUGGGUGACGCUCUGGCCUGAAACCCGCGGCGGGCCAGGGCCGAUGUUUGCCGGCGGGGGCGGUGGGAGCGGCGCGGUUCGGUGCCGGUCGGGCGCGGCUGUAGCGGCUGUUCCGUGUUAAACCCGUUCCAUGUUAAACCCGUUCCACGUUAAACCCGUU